AACAAAAUUCUCAUGUUCUAAAAUCAAAUUUGAUCUUAAACCAAAAGAGAAUAUAUUUUUGCAUUAUCAACAAAGCUGUAUCAGCCAUCACAAGCCAUGUGAGUGACUAAUCAGUAGGUCCAAUGUCCAACUCAGCAUCUAUAUCAGCAAAUACCAAGUUGCAUUUGUCAGCUUAUAAGCCUUGACUUUGAACAAUAUACCUGUUUAUCAGAAGAUUAAUAUAUAUACGUAUACAUAUACAUAUAUGUACAUGUAUAUAUAUAAGCAAUCAUCCAGCAAUUCAUGUUUAUGAAUGCUUAAAGAUCAUAGGUAGUUUUCUUUAGUAUUCUCGAACUCGAAAUUCGAUUAUUCUUCUGCAGGAAAUAAAUGGCAACUGAAGCAGUGAUCAUUCAAGAACCCGUUUCCAUGGUGGAAAAAAUUGCAACCGAAGCAGUGAUCAUUCAAGAAUCCAUUUCCAUGGUGGGAAAAAUGGCAACUGAAGCAGUGAUCAUUGAAGAACCCAUUUCCAUGGAGAAAACAGAAGAGAUCAAGCACUUGACCUUGGAAGUAUCCGCUAGUAAUAAUGGCGUCGAAAUGCCAGAUUUUGUCGCUGAAGGCAAUCAUGGAAUCGCCAAGAGUGAGAGUUUUUUUGAUGUCACCUGAGAUUUCCAAGGUUGCCAAUGAGACCUGUGGAGUGUUAGAUCACAUUGAGGUUGUUGGCACUCCAUUUAAAGCAGAGAAGAUACCAGAGGAUGAAGUUAAGAUCGCGGUUCUGAUCGAGGAAGAAUCUGGAAUUGAAGAGGGAGAUACAGUUGAUGGCAGUGAAGAACUCGAGAAACAAGCUUCAAUGGAUUCCCAUGACGCAACAGUUGAAAGCUUGAAGGAGGCUAAAGAAACAGUUACUGAAGCCAGUAGCACCGAUCAAGUUAAUGAAGCCGAAGACACCAAACCGGAGAAGCUGCCAGCCGAAGCAGGAAAGGAACAAAUCAUUUUGGAUAGCCUCGGAGAGACCUUAACUGAAACGGUAGCUGAAAGUGAGGGGAUCGAUUGUAUGGAUGAACCUGAAGUGUAUGAAAAGGUUGAAGAAGUUUUCAAUGAAGAGAUAAAAUGCACCAAUGGAGAAAAUGAUGGCCUAGAAGAUAAUAAUUCCAUCAUGAAAACUGAAGAACUGCCUCCACAAGCACCUGAUUUCGGGACGCAGAGUUUCAGCCAAAGCUUCGGAAUGCCAAGUGAAUUAGAUAAAGAUUAUGCAAACUCUGAAUCUGAAAAGGUUGCGGUGGAUGUGAUACAGGUCACAUGCAAGGAUCUGGCCGUGACAGAGGCAUCAAAGGAAAUGAAAAGAGAUGAGGGAUCUGCUGUUGCAAUGCCUGAAGGAUACAUUACUGAAGUAGAACUUGUUUCGAUCCCGAAUAAGAAGCCCUCAAGUCCUAUGAAUGUAGUUUACAAAGAUGUUGAUACUGCCAUCUCUGGUGAAACCGCAGAAGGAAGCGCAAGCAUUGAAGACACAUCAGUAAAAGACCAUAAAGAGAGUUCCGAUGACAAUGGGAAUACUGAAACUGUGGAAGUAGAGAUUUCAAACAAGAAUGCUGAUGAUUCACAUGUUACAGAUUCAUCAGUUGGACAAACGGUGGAAAACAAGCAUGAAAAUCCGGAUGAGUUCUCCUGCAUUCAACCCGAAGAACAAGGCAAUGAAGCAAUUGGCACAUCUGCAAAGAAGGAAGAAGAUAGUGAAGAUGUCUCCAAAGCAUGUCAAAGCAGAGAUAACACAAAUUCGGUGCAUAUAAUCACAGAAGCAGCAGCAAUAAUAGAUUUGAAAUCGGAAACUAGUCAAACGCGUGAGGAGAAUGUAAAAGAGGAUUUAGAAGAUUGUAAAGCGGAGACGACGGAUGAGAUAUCUGAAGAAGAGAAUACUGCAGCAACGAUGUCCAUAAAAGAGGUCCAUAAAGAAUACGAAAUAGCAGAUUCAGGUACCGUGAAAGAAAACCCAGGAAUGAAAGAAUAUCCGAUAGCCGACAUCACUAACUCAUCAAUUAGUGAUAAAACUGUUAAAGAAAGCAUGAAAGAAGGUGAAAGCAGGCCGAUGAAGUCAACAGAAGAGGUUAGCGACUCGAACAUUGAAGAAAUGGACUCUAUAGAGGAAACAGAAAAGCCAGAAAACAAUCACAGUCCUUCCAAUGUAAAGGAGUCAAAAGAAGAAAUAAUACCAAUUGAAGUGAAAGAAGACCAUGUCCAUAGCUCAUUGAUUAAGCUUGAGGAGUUCGGGAAGGACACUGAAAAAGAAACAAAUGUAAAUGAAGGGGAAAAGAACCAGAUGCAUAACAUUGUUAGCGUUGAAGAGAUUGGUGUAACGACUGAAUAUGAAGGGAUCAGUAACAUGGAUGUGAAUUCAACGGAUUCCUCCCUGACAUGUGGUAAGAACUUGGAGAUACCCGAACCCCAAAAUGAUGGAAUGCAGGAUAAAGUUCCCAAUGCAGGAAGAGAAGAUGAUGUUGAGCUGAAAAAGGAGAUUCGGUUGAAAGAAGUACCGGUAGACGAAGUUAAGGAACAUUCAAUGGUGCCUUCAGAAGAAUAUGAGGACACACCCAUUGAAGAGAGGACAAUAGCUGAUGAGACUUUGGAGAGAGAUCAGGAUCUGUAUGAGCACUUGGAAAAAGUUUCAGUGGACGUGAAAGUUGUACUGGACAUAGACAAGGGGCCGCAAGUGGUAACGGAGGUAUUAGAUGAACUGAAAAGGGAUGAGGAAUCAAAUGUUCCGAUGCCUGAAGGAAGAAUUACUGAAGCAGAAAAUGUUGAUUUAGUACGGCAGAGUCAGGAAGAAAGAUCGAAGGAAGAAACCCUGGAGAGCUUCCAGCAAAAGAAUGAACCGGAAAAGGAGAAGCCUAUUUGUCCUUUGAACGUUGUUUCUGAGGAUGUCAAUACUGCCAUCUCUGGUGAAACUGUAGAAACAAGCACAAGCAUCGAAGAAACAACAUCAAUUAAAGACCGUGAAGAGAGAUCUGAAGAAGAAGGGAGGGAAGACUCACCAACCAACCACCUGCAAAUUGAAGUUAAUGAAAAUACCGAAACUGUGGAAGCUGAGAUUUACAAUAAUGCCGAUAAUAUACAUGUUGCUGAUUCAUCAAUUGGACAACUAGAAGAAAAUGAGCAUGAAAAGCAGCAUGAGUUCUCUGAUGUUCAACCCGAAGAACAAGUCCAUGAAGCGAUUGGUGCAUCAAAGGAAAAGGAAGAAGAUGGUGAUGAUGUCUCCAAGGCAUGUCAAAACAGAGAUAGCACAAAUCCAGAGCAUACAUUCCCAGAAACAGCAGCAACAACGGAGCUGAAACCCGAAACAAGAGAAAUGGACAACAAAAACACAAUGUUCAUAAAAGAGGUUUAUCUAUUGGACUCCAAAAACUUUUCAGAUACCAAUGAAGAUUUAGAGAAUAAACAAGAGGGGAUACAAGAAGAAUUAGGAGAACAUGCUGCAUAUGCCACGGAGAACAUAGAAGAGGUUCAUGACGGUCCAAAGGAAGAAUGUGCAAUCAUAGAUGACUCACUGAAAUUUAUAAAAGGAGAAAAAGAAGAGAAACCUGAAGUAAAGGUCUGCGGAAAGCUGGAAACAGAUGAUGCUGUUGAAAAACAAGUUCCAGAGGAAGAGAACGAAGAUCAGAUAACACUGAAAGAGGCUCAUGAAGGUCCAGCAAUGAUCAUAAUGGUAGAUUGUGCUGUCACAGAUGACUCACUGAAAUCUACUGAAGAAGAUGAAAAUGAAGAGACACCUGAAGUAGAGGUCUGUGAAAAGCUGGAACUGGACAAAACAGUUGAGAUUGCUGAAAAACAGAUUCUAGACGAGGAAGAUAACAAGGGUGAGACAACACUAACAGCAGAGAUGGUGAAAGAAAAAGCUAAAGAAGAGAAUACUGCAGCAAUGGUGUCCAUAACAGAGCCUAGAAACUCGGUCAUUGAGGAAGUGGACGCUAUAGAAGAAACAGCAAAGCGACGUAAUGAUCCUAAUCUGUUUGAUAUUGUAAAGGAGUCAAAAGAAGAAAUAACACCAAUCAUAGUGAAGGAGGACCACGUCUGUAGUUCUUUGUUUGGGCUCGAGGAGUCCAAAAAUGACACUGAAGAGGAAGCCCCAAUAUCAUGUGCUACAGAAACAGAAGAAACAAACAUAAAGGGAGCUGAAGCGGAAGAAGAAAAGAAUGAAAGAAAUAAUGCUGUUGUUGUUGAAGAGAGAAGCCUAGAAACAACUCAACUUGAAGGGAUCGGUGUAUACAGUGCAGAAAUGAAUGUGAAAUCACCAACUGAGGACACAGAAAUUCCCCGAGAAAUAGAUGCAGUUCAGGACAAAGUUCCAAAUGCAGGAAGUGAAGAUCGAUUGGAGAUGAAGGCUGAGGAGAUUCCUUCGAAAGAAAUAUCUGCUGAAACUUCAGAAAAAUAUCGGGAUCUGUAUGAACACUCCGAAAUUCUGCUGUCACAAGAAACAGAUGAGAAAAUAAUGCAAAAUGAGGAUAAUCCAAAAUCAGAUGUCCCUAAAGCAGAGCCUCAAGAUACUGGAAAUGAGAGCAGACAUGAAGUUAAGGAACAGUUGGCGGAGGAAUCUAAAGCUGAGGUCACCAAUGUCUCUACUGGGGAAUUACGUAGUGAACAGGACAAUCAAACCGAUGCUUCCAAUGCAAAAACUCUGCAAGAUGAAAAAUCAUUGGAUUUAAGACUGAAAACAGAGCAAAAUGAAGAUGGAAAGCCGUUAGAUGAAGUCACGGAUUUGGGAGAAACAGUGGGUUCAUGUAAUGAUGAUGAAAAGGUUAUCAAAGAAGAGAACUUAGCUAAGAACUCGGAAGAAACAGAAAGCUUGAAGGAAGAUAGUGAAAUAGGAAAAGAAGAUCAGAUUCCCCGGGUGAUUAUCAUGAAUGAUAAUGAAAAGGUGGAAGACUACAACUCGGUGUCAAAUGAAUGUCUCAACGAAGAAGAUAAUAGCAGAUAGUAGCAGAAAACUUGGAGCUCGAAGAAGAUAAAACCAAUGACGGAGAAGCAUCCCACAUCAUGAAAGAAUUAGAAGAAACGAGACAGGAUGAAGAAUCCACAGAUCCUGUAAGUGUGCACAUUGAAGAUCGAGAAGCAGAAAGAAAUUGAGAUUAUCCAUGACUCGAAACAAUGUCAUGAAGAGAGUUGUAUUGAAGCUGUAACAGAAGUAAGAGCUGAGAAGAGCUUAAACGACACUGAUGAGAAUUCAAAAGCAUUGAAUAUCCACUCAGUUGAGACGAGUCCAGAAGUUGUUGAGAGUGAUGCUAAUCAGGAGGCUGAAGUAGAAAGCAGCUUGAAGAGAAUCCUCUGGCUUGGAUCCUGAUGUCCGAACUAAUAACAACGACGAUGUGCAAAAGCAGAAUCUAAAUGUGGAAACUUUAGACAAGGAUGAAGCUGAGGUAAUCAAGAGAGCUCCCAAUGCAUUUAUAUGCCUGAAGUUCGGAUUAAUGAAGCUGAGAAAGGCCACAAAGCGAAAUGGUGAUGAACUGAACAUGGAUCAUGAGCUUGUAGAGGAAAAAAGUGAAGCCUCCAAAAUUCGAACGCUGAUGAACUGGGGAAAAUUGAUGACAUUGGUCCCCCUAAAACUGUUUUAGAAGUGAAACCCGACGAGCAAAUCCAAACUUCAGUUUGCACAUUGCUUUCUGAGGAUGAAAGAGAUCAGAAUUGAAAACCCAUUGAGAAGAUUGAAGAGAAACAGAAGGAUGCUGAAAUAGAACAUGAUAGUGAAGAAGAUUCUUCUGAAAUAAAGAUAAUAGAAAAGCAGAAAAGAUAAAACUGUUGAGGCUCCUUGCCAAGCUUCAGUUGCCAGGAGUGAAAGCACAGCGGUAAUAGAAGAAAAUGUAGUACUAGCGGGUUUUGAAGAAAAGCCCAAAUCUGAUCUGCACCAGUGACUGAAGACCAAAGUGAGGGAACAUUCCCUGAAUCCAGCAAGUAUGAAGAUGAAACCAGCAUUGAUUUCAGAAUCAGAACUGGAGAACAGAUAAAAGAGGACUGAAAGACAAAGUGAAUGAUGAACAUAUUAUUAGCAGAGACCAAAACACAAAUGAGACCGAGGAUAUCAUUUUGCCUGAAGAGGUUGGUAAGGAAUUGAGAAAGCCGAGGGUAGUAGUGAAUGCAUUGAAGAAAUGUCAAGGAGAAAGAAAGUAGCACAAAUGAAACUCAUCAAGUACCGAAUGGAGACGAAGCAAUUAAUGAGGUGGAAGAUACAGUGCAGUCUCAACUGAAUGUAUAAAGGAAGCCGAGUCCGAAGAGCAGAUGCAAGCAGAAAACUUAGAAGUUGAAGAAAAUUCAACCAACGACAAAGAAGGUUCACCUGUCAUGAAAGAAUCAGAUGAAGGGAGACAGGAUAAAGAGUCUGGAGAUCUGGUAAAUGUGCAUGGUGAAGAUAGAGAAACCGAAGAAAAAGAUGAGUUUACUGAUGACGUAAAAUUCUAUCAUGACACGAGUCAUAACGAAGUUGUGACAGAAGAAGAGCAGAAAACUAGCUUAAAUAGCACUGAGGUAAAUGAGGAGCUCGUAAAUACAUCGAAUAUCGGUCAGUCAAUAUAAGUCUAGAAAAUAGUGAGAUUGAUGCUAGUAAAGAGACUGAAGAAGUGGAGAAGGUGCAGCUUGAAGAAAUAUCCUCCAACUUGGUACCCAAAGUCCCAACUAACAAUGAUGAAGUAGAGGUAAACAAGAGAGAUGACGAGGAGUUUACACAGCACAAGAUCGACUGCUGAAGCUGAGAAUGGCCUAACUGUGCAAAAGGUGGAUCAACUAAACCAGGAUCAUGAGCUCAUAGGGACAAAGAGUGAACCCUCCAAGAAAAGCCUAACAGCAGAACUGGAAGCUGAUAA